AAAUUGAAAAAUUCCAAAAAAUUAGAACCCUAAAUUACACGUGAUGUGUUUAUUUUUAUUGGAAAAUUGAAGUUUGUAUGGUAUUAUUUAUCGUUUUUGUCGAAUUUAUUGUCUCCAUAAAAUGCAAUUCAGUUGAAUAGAGAAAGAGAGGAGCUCGGCAUUGGCUUCCCAUCAGAAUGGGAGUUAAAUUCAAGAUAAACCAAUUAUCAUCAGCAAAUGGAUUGAAGAACAAAGUAAAAAGCAGUAGAUUAGAAUAUUAAUUUGGUAUUGAUGAUGAUAUAAAUUUGGUAUAAAAUCCACUCUUUAAUUUUCAAUUUCAAUUUCAAUUUCCAUUUUUAUUAUUAAUAUCAAUAUUAAUAAAAGAUUGUUAAUAUAAUAUAAUAUAGUAUAUUAUUAAUUAAAAUGAUUUCUAGAUUAAUGAUUAGAAAAGGAUAUGGAUUAGGUAGAUUUGAAUUGAAUCUAAAUAAUUUAAGAUAUUAUAACACAGUUAAACUCAAUUCAACAUGGGAUAGAUAUACUAGAGAACAUACCAAAAAAAAAGAUAAACCGUAUAUUACACCAUCUUUUCUUAAUAAUGAAUUGAUUGAAUCAAAAUCUAAAGAAUGGUUUGAUAUUCAUGAUCCAUCUACGAACUAUGUUGUUGGAAGAGUUCCCCAGUCUACUGUUGAGGAAUUAAACGAGGCUAUUGAAUCAGCGGAUGAAGCAUUUAAGAAAUUUAGCAAGGUUUCGAUAAUCAAGAGACAGCAAAUUGCGUUCAAAUAUGUGGAGUUAUUAAGGAAAAACAUGGAUAGAAUUGCAGGUAGUAUUGUUCUUGAACAAGGAAAGACGUUUUCGGAUGCAAAGGGAGAUGUGUUGAGGGGGAUACAAGUGGCAGAAGUAGCGUGUAGUUGCACGUCAGAUUUGUUGGGGAGUGUUUUAGAGGUAUCAAAAGAUAUGGAGACCAAAAUGAGUCGAAAGCCAAUUGGAGUGGUUGGGUCGAUAUGUCCAUUUAAUUUUCCUGCGAUGAUACCACUUUGGACGUUGCCAUUGAUUAUAGUUAGUGGGAACAGUACAGUUAUUAAACCGUCAGAGAGGGCACCUGGGGCGUCGAUUAUUAUAGCUGAAUUGAGCAAAGAGGCAGGGGUGCCCAGUGGGGUUGUUAAUGUUGUUCAUGGGAAGAAUUUGACGGUUGAUACAUUGAUUGAGCACCCGAAGGUGAAGGGGAUAACGUUUGUUGGAGGAGACAAAGCCGGAAGGUAUAUAUAUGAAAAGAGCAGUAAAUACGGGAAAAGGUGUCAAGCCAAUUUAGGAGCGAAGAAUCAUUUGGUUAUUAUGAAGGAUGCAAAUAAGGAGCAGUUUAUUAAUGGAGUAAUCGGGGCAGCAUUUGGAGCCGCAGGACAAAGGUGUAUGGCUAUCUCAGUGUUGGUAUGUGUUGGAGAAAGUGAAAAAUGGAUAAAGGAAUUGAUUAGAGAAAGCAAGAAACUAAAAGUUGGAAGUGGAUUUGAUGAGAAAAGUGAUUUAGGACCAUUGAUAUCGAAGGAAGCGUUGGAUAGAGCGAUUGAAAUAAUCGGGUAUAGUGAAAAGAAAGAAGGAGCUAAAGUGUUAUUAGAUGGUAGGAAGUUUAGGAGCAAAGAGUUGCCUAAUGGGAAUUUUCUUGGGCCCACUAUAUUGGGAGAGGUUAAGCCUGGGAUGAGGUGCUAUGAAGAAGAAAUAUUUGGGCCAGUGUUGAGUGUUAUUCUGGUAGAGACCUUGGACGAAGCAAUUGAGAUAGUCAACGGGAACAAAUAUGGGAAUGGGUGUUCAAUUUUCACUACAAGUGGAAUUAAUGGCCAAAAAUUUGAAAAUGAAGUGGAAGUGGGACAAGUUGGAGUCAAUGUAGCGAUUCCAGUGCCAUUACCAAUGUUUGGGUUUACAGGCAGUAAAGAGUCGUUUUUGGGAGACUUGAAUUUUUAUGGCAAAUCAGGGCUAGCCUUUUUAACUCGACCUCACACAGUGACUAAAUUAUGGAAAACGAGCGAUAAGCUAGAGAAAAAUGGACCAUCGACGUCUAUGCCAGUGAACACGUGAGACACCGAAGUAUAUAGGUAGAGAUAUGUGAGUACGAUAUAGUGAACGGAUGACAAUUGAUUAUAUCUGAAUUGAAACUUACCAAUAGCGGCAAUGGAA